AUGGAUUUUAACGUUAAAAAGCUAGUCAAAGAUGCCAGCACAACGUUUAAUAGAGUUGUUCAGUUAACUGAAGAAGUAUUUGGUUCAUCAGAAAAAACUAAAUUAGAUGCGCAUUUUGAACAUUUAGCGGAAAGAUCAAAUGCCACAAAUUUAUGGACUUCAAAAAUAGUGGGCAAUUUAGAAGCUGUUUUAAAUCCUACUGUCGGCAAAAGUGUUGAGAAUUUUUUUAUGGACAAAAUGGAAAAAUCAAUUAAAACAAAUCGUUUUAGUGAUUUAGAGUAUUUAGGAAUAUCUAUGAUAGAAGCAGGAAAUGAUUUUGGACCAGGAACAGCAUAUGGGAGCACCUUAAUUAAGGUUGGUCAAUGUGAACAAAGACUAGGACAAACCAAGAGAGAUUUUAUCGCUUCGGCUGAAAAUUGCUUUAUAAAUCCAUUAAAAAAAUUUUUAGAUGGUGAAAUGAAAACAAUUCAAAAAGAAAGGAAAAUUCUUGAAAAUUUAAGGUUGGACUUAGAUUCAUGCAAGAGCAAAGUAAGAAAGGCAAGAAGUUUGCAAAAUGUGCAAUCAGCAGAAAGAGAUCUUAGAAUGGCUCAAUCUGAAUUUGAUAGACAAUUUGAAAUAACAAAGUUGUUGCUAGAAGGAAUUAACAGUUCACACUCCAAUCAUUUAAGAUGUCUUCAAGAAUUUGUGGAAUCUCAAGUUCGAUAUUAUGAAAAAUGUCAUCAAGUAAUGCAAGAUUUGCAGAGAGACUUAACUAGUUUAUCCUUGCUUAAUGCUGGAGCUCCAUCAUUCUCUGCUCUUCCUUGUGCUACAGAAAAUGUAACCAAAACUAAUCCACCUCGCAAAGCUCUUGUGAAAUCAAAUUAUAAUGCUAAGGAUUCUACAGAACUAAGCCUUUUAGAAGAUGAGGUUAUUAUAGUUCGGGAAUUAUCGGAUACAGAUUCAGAUUUUUUUUUAGGAGAAAGAGGUAGUCAAAAAGGAAAAGUUCCAAAGUCAAUUCUUGAACUUUUUUAA